AUGUACGGAUCUAGAGUCCUCUUUUUGGGGUUCCUCGUGCUACCCAUCUCUGCCGUACCUCUUACAGGCUCUACAAUUCUGCAGAAGAAUGCCGUGGUCGAACGAAACGACGACCUUGUCGGAGCCACUAUCCUUCCCAGCCUACCGAAGCGAGAGCCUAUCAUCGACCUGGUGGGGCGAGCCAGGCGUAUCGGCGGUGGUGGUUUUACCCCCCCGAAGAGGUCGGUAGAGGAAGUCGAGAAGCGAAAGCAUCUUAAUGGUGGUGGCUCUGGCCUCCCUAAAAGGCGCUCAGACAGCCUCGAGACCCGAGGGAUACUUCGUCCUAUUGGCGCCUGGGAGGAGCCGGGUUCAAUUGACAGCCUCAAGACACGUGGAGGAAGGCGCGGUGGUGGCGGUGGUGGUAAGUGGGUUGGUCGACGUUCAGAAAACCUUGAGACACGCGAAGAAGCCGACGAAGACAAGGAUCCUGUGGACGAAGUCGAAGUCGAUGCUUCCGAAGAAAUCUCCAACGAUCUGGAGGAAAGGGGUAUCACGAAACAUUCAGGAAACGGCAGAAGAGGCUUCCAAGGUGGUGGCGUUGGUGGAAACAAGAGCGGUCUCCGUGGUACAGGCGGUGCUGACGGUCAUAAGAGAGGAUUGCAACGUCCUAAUAAGGGAGGAGGUGGCAAGAGAGGGUUGACUCCAGGCCGUGGAGGAAGUAAGUGA